UACUCAGCCUCAUCUACAGCCUAGUUUUUUUUUUAAUAAGACACAAUGUGUUCUGUUUACCUGCGCACAGACUAUCGAUUUGACGGUGUCAACUUGUCAAAAUGACGCAGGCGCAGAGAUAGAUGCUGACUUGUGCAUUCGCUUAUCUAUUAUUAUUAUUAAUAUAAAACAUUAUAUAAUGGCGACGGAGUGCACGCAAGAAUCCGUUCUGGACUUUCUAUUGGAAAACGGGGGGCGAGUGAAAAACAAGGACUUGGUCGCGCAUUUUAAAGUCUUUCUGAGCAGCGAAAACACGAAGCGAGCCAUACUAAAAGAGAGAUUUAAGCGUUAUGUGGACAAUAUCGCCUACGUGAAGCAGGAAAACGGGGAGAAAGUGGUGUGUUUGAAGAAGAAGUACAGAUACCCGGAGAUGCGCAGCGGGCGCGCGCAGGAUGAGAAGCCCUUUAAUGAUGCUGCUGAUGAAGACAUCAACAGAGGAAUCAAAGCAUUGCAUUUCGAAGAGAACGCCAGCGUACAUGAAGGAAUCGAUGAUCUGAAAGCUGUGAGAGAUGAUGAAGAGGAGCUGUGUGUGUCGGACAUCGCACUGAUUGAGAAAGACGAAAUUGUGCAUGGAAACGAUGUCAAACCAAAUGCUCCUGAGCUCUCUAAUGCCCGGUCAACAGGAGAGGCUGGGGUUGGCAGGGCUUCUGUCACGCCACAGGUCAUCGUUAAUCGACGGAGAACAUCCAGGGGAUCUCAGCGGAGUCUGCUGGGCUCUUCUGAGGAUGGAGCAAAUGAUGCACUGCCUGAGGAUAGCAGCACCCCAAAAUGCAGCCGCAAGAACUUCAUAGAGCUCAUGAUGAGCAGUUCUCCACAGGUGAGACGCUCACUGGUGCACCGUAACUCCCAAGGGCAGAUGUCAGCCAGGAACAGUGACUUCAGAAUGUCAUCUGUGGACGAGGAUUGUGCUUCGGUAACUUUAGACCCACUGGAACACGAGUGGAUGAUGUGCACGGCAGAUGGCGAGUGGGACAGUCUGCAGAGGCUGCUCGAGUGUGAUCCCACGCUCAUCUCCAAGAAGGACUUCAUCACGGGGUUCACGUGUCUGCACUGGGCGGCCAAGCAAGGCAGACACGAGCUUUUCGCAAUGCUGGUGGAUUUUGCCAAACGGCACGGCGUCACCGUCAAUGUAAACACUCGAUCCAGCGCCGGCUACACGCCUCUGCACCUGGCAGCCAUGCACAAUCAUAAAGAGGUCAUGAAGCUUCUGGUGGGAGCGUAUGAUGCUGAUGUGGAUGUGAGGGAUUACAGUGGGAAGAAAGCGGCGCAGUACCUCCGUGCUAGCGUCACGGGCGACAUCAGGGACAUCGUAGGAGCUUGUCCGAACUCUGACACAGAGAACGCAUCUGGAGCCGGGCGAUGGAAGCUUCCUAAAGUCCUGCAGUCUAAUCUCAACCCUCUACGGUUACUAAACCACCCUGAGGAGAUGACGGCCGAUGCUCAGCCCAGGCCCAAAUCUCUGUACCGGAAAUCCUCCAUCGGCCGCAUCAGACUGCAGAGGAACCGCUUCAAGACGCAGAUCGUCCACAGCACAUCAUUCAGAGAGAACCAGGAAGGAGAGGAGACGCUCAAGAGCCCGGUCAAAUCCAGACCCAUAUCCAACCUGUUUGGCUGAGACGGAAAUGUGAAUAAAAGAGACAUAUGCAAAGACAUCAUUACUCUGAGAUCAACUGAGCAGCUUGUUUACUGCAUGGUCAAAUGAAAAAAAUUGACUGAAACUGAACAAUUUCAGUUUCAAAAUUUGAAAAUAUACAAAUAAAUUAAUAAAAAAAUAUAUGUAGUGAAAAAAAAAA